AUGGCGCGCCUCUGGAUUCCUGAGAUUUCGUCUUCAAUUCCGACUGAUUCAUGUUGUUGCCCGCUAACCAGCGGUGUGCGAGCAACUGGCUCUGGAAGGCCCUGCCUCGUGUCCGGGCACUCCGGCUCUGGCUUCGUAUUCUCGAGGAUCCGGGAGCCUCACCACUAUCUUACAUGCAUCUCUUCUCCCAGCAUCUCCGUCGUUGAUUUUACAGGCUGUUCAGCAUUGGUGGAACUGAGUUUGUCAGAAGCCAGAGAUUUGGAGCUGUCAGCUAAUUCUGAUGUGGUAUGGUCAAAUGGAUCCCAAUUUGAUCUGGUUCUUUUGCACUUUCCUUGGACUGUUUUCCACAUGGAUUUGAAGUGGUGUCCUACAUUUACCAAGUUAAAGACUUUGCUACUCAAUGAUUGGUGUUUGGCAGCUGACCACAAUGCACUAAUUUGUUUUCUCCAACACUCGCCAAUUUUGGAGAAGCUUACCCUUCAACUUUCUCGGGGACCUUCAUAUGUAACUGAAGCAGAAGGAAUAUACAAACCAUUGGGACAGUCAAUUGCAUCCAACUGUCUUGAGAUUGUUGAAAUCAAAUGUGCAAAUAUCGAUAGCAGGGUUCACAAAAUUCUGAAGAUUCUGACUACGUAUGGCAUACUCCUUGAGCAAAUUAGUGUCCAAGAGACUUACAAAAUUCCUGGAUCUGGAUGUUUUAAUUUUGUGUGCACUGGUUUCUGCUACAACUGUAGGUAUGAAGUACCAUUCCAAUCUUCUACUUCCUCCGCCCAUAAUUACUUGUUGCGGAAAUGGAUUAAAAUGGAUGUAUCUAGAACUAAAAUAGGUCUAAAUACAUCCAUUUCUCCGACAAGUUACUCGGGGUGGAAGGAGUACAAUGCAACACUAUUGGAAUACUGGCAAUAUCUAGCGUAGAUGUUCACUCAUUCUGCUUCAUACAUGGACAAAACUUGUAUAGUUUGGAUGCUUGCUUGGUUAAAGUUUGGAUGUAAACCAGUAGAUGAACAAUUUCUCGUUAUUCCUAGACCCAAUGAUGAAAA